AUGGCUUCUGCACAAGUAAUGUGCUUAUUACUCUGUCUACUAUCUCUGCGCAUUCGAGCUCGAUCAGAAAGCUCAAAUAUCAUCGGACCAGGAUCUUUUCUUUCCCUCAAUACUAGCAGCAGUUCAUGGCCCUCACCUUCCAGCCUUUUUGCAUUUGGUUUCUAUCAACAAGGCGAUGGAUUUGCAGUUGGCAUUUGGCUGAAUACCAAACCUGAUAUUACGGUUGUCUGGACUGCUAAUCGUGAUGACCCCCCGGUCUCUUCCAAUUCUAGUAUUCACUUUACCAAAGAUGGUCGGCUGCUUCUUCGAACUGGCCCAGGCAAAAUGAAACCUGUGGUUGAAUUGCAAAAUCCGGCUGUUUCGGCUUCUAUGUUGGAUUCUGGUAACUUCGUAAUCCACGGAAAGAAAUCCAAAGUCAUCUGGCAAAGCUUCAAAAACCCGACUGACACCGUAUUAGGAGGCCAAAGCAUAUCUUCAAACUCUGAAUACUCCGAACUUCGUUCAAGUAAAUCAACAUUUGAUCACUCAACAGGACAAUAUUGUCUCGAAAUUAAUGAUAAUGGAGAUCUUGUCGCAUUUCCUGCAAACCAUACUGGUGUACCUGAGGAAGUUUAUUGGAAAGUUCCAACCAUUGUUUCAACCGUUGUACAGUUGAAUCUCACUACUGGAGGUGUUUUACAGUUGAUCACUGGUGAUACGGCUCCUCAAAUCUUAGGCAGCAGCUCUUAUUCCGCCCAGAAGGAAACUGUAAUUUAUCGUGCAACACUUGAUGCUGAUGGGAUCUUAAGGCUAUACUCACAUCGCUUUAAGUUCAGUGGAAAAUCUAAUGUGAAGGUGGAGUGGUUUGCGUUAAAGAACCAAUGUGAGGUGAAAGGAUCCUGUGGUUUUAAUAGCUACUGUUAUAGCAACAGUAGUGAAGCAGACUGUAUGUGUUUUCCAGGGUUUGACUUCAUCAACUCUGGGAUGAGGUUUCUGGGCUGCUAUAGAAAUUUUAGUGACAAAGAAGGCUGUAGAAGGAAGGAGACGGGAGCGUUUUACCAUACUGCUAAUAUGGAGAAUACAAGUUUGGGAGGUUUUCCUUAUGCUAAGCUAUCAGUGAACAAGGAAGAUUGCAGUGAAUCCUGCUUAAAGGACUGUCACUGUGCAGCUGCAUUAUAUUUUAACGGAACUUGCAGUAUAUUCAAACUUCCAUUGAUGUUCGGGAUGAAGAAUCAAUCUGAUUCAAGUACAGUCUUUAUCAAGUGGAGUUCAGGCAACGCCAACCGUAGCAUCCCACCUCAAAUGAUCCCACCACCUCUAUAUGAAAAAGUUGAGACCGAAAACAAGAAAAAACUUAUUACAACUCUUGCUGCAACUUUGAGUUCCAUCACAUUCUUGUGUUUCGUCAUUGCAAUUUCUAGUUUCCUUGUGUACAAGAUUCGAGUUAAUAGAUACAGAAAGCUUCCAGGAAAUUCAAGUUUAGAUCCAACCGAAGUGUUUUCAUUAAAAUCAUUUUCUUAUAAUGAGCUCGAUAAGGCCACAGAUGGCUUUAAGGAUGAGCUGAGAAGAGAUUGGUUUGGAGCAGUCUACAGAGGGUAUAUGUCUAAUGGCAAGAAGAUGAUUGCAGCAAAGCGUUUGGAAAAUCCUAUGGAAGAAGGAGAAAAGAAGUUCCGAGAAGAGAUGGCAACAGUCCGCCAAACGCAUCACAGGAACUUGGUUCGUUUGCUUGGAUUUUGCCAGGAGGGCUCCAGGAAGGUUCUUGUUUAUGAAUAUAUGGGCAAGGGUUCUCUCGCAGAUUUCAUAUUCAAUGAUGAAAGACGUCCUCUUUGGAGAGAAAGAGUGAGAAUUGCAUCAGAUGUGGCGAGAGGGAUCCAUUAUCUCCAUGAAGAGUGUGAGUUCCCAAUAAUUCACCGUGACAUUAAUCCCAAAACCAUUCUGGUGGAUGAUUCUUGGACUGCUAAGAUCUCCGAUUUCAACUUAGCGAAGCGUUUAAUGCCGAAUCAAACAGAGGCAAUUGCUGGGUUCAAAGGGACUCGAGGUUACACAGCGCCUGAAUGGCAAAAGAAUGGCCUAAUAACAUUGAAAUCAGAUGUUUAUAGCUUCGGAGUUGUGCUGUUGGAGAUAAUAUGCUGCAGAAGCAAUAUGGAAUUGAAUGUUUCUACACCAGAUGAAGUUCUUCUUUCUAGUUGGGUCUAUAAUUGCUUUGUUUCCAGGGAAUUGAACAAGCUUAUAGCGGAGGAAGAAGUAUGCAUGAUAACCCUCGAAAGGAUGGUGAAGGUUGGAUUGUUGUGUACUCAAGAUGAUCCAAGUCUGCGGCCUUCCAUGAAAAAUGUUAUUUUGAUGUUAGAAGGAACUAUGGAUAUUCCAGUUUAUCCAUUUCCAAAUCUUCUUGUUUGA